AUGCUCCGUCAAAUACCAAUCCGAACGGCCACGGCCGCCCCUAGCCGGCUGCUCUUCCGACCCUCCUUCGUCGCCUCAGCACGCUUCCUGACCACCGAGGCAGCAUCAACCUCACAAACCCCUUCUACGCCUCCACCCUCGUCUCCAGCAUCCUCCACGGCCACUCCACCACAGCGAAAGCAACUGACAUAUCUCGUCGAGCGCACACCGACAAAGAACCUCUCCGUCUACAAUGACGCCCGAGCCGGAGGCACGAAAAAACAGACCGUGGUCAAGAAGAUCGUGGGGGAUGCUCGGGCCCUGAGGGACGAGAUUGUCGAGGAGUUGCAGUUCCCAAGAGACGACGUCAAAAUAAAUCCAGUCACCGGUCAUGUAAAAAUAAAGGGCUUCCACGCGGACAAGGUGCAGAAAUGGCUGGAGGCGCGGGGUUUCUGA